ACCAAGCAGAGAGGGAGCUGGCGGUCUGGUGGCCUUGCAUAACACACGUUAGAGCAGCCUUGCACGUAGGUCUUGGUGCGAGCUCUAGAAGUGGGGAACUUCCUUUACCGUCAGCUCGUUGCAGGGGCAGCAUACCCUCCAAACCGGAAUUCAGAGAGAGGGAGGCCGAGCUUUACAGCACAGGCUCCAGGAGGGGAGAGCAGCACAAAGGAGAGAAACGGGAAGAGGAGUCCUAGGAAACACGUCUCUAACACAGACGCACACGCACUGACAGAUAGGAAGAAUCCUCGGACAUGCUCUGCAAGCAGUGGCUGUGGUGAGACUGGUUCCCAUCGACAUCGCGGAAGAGGCGGAUCGAUCAGAGAUGAUUCCUCAUGAAAUCUUUGGAGCUCAUUUUGUGAGCAGGAGUGACUCCAUCUUCUCUUGUGUGAGACCCUGAGCUGUUAAGCAGUGAACACAAACAGAGGCAGAGUCACAGAGCCCAGAGAGGCUGGCCCUGCAUAUAACCACUGAGGAGAGGUGAGAAAGUAGCCUCAGAGGGACCUAGACGUAGUGCCAGGAAGUAUUACUACACAGUGGCACAAUGAAAUCUAACCAGGAGCGGAGUAAUGGAUGCCUUCCUCCUAAGAAGCGUGAGAUUCUGGCUAUGGAGCAGAGGCCAGUGGUAGUAGCCACAGCAACACCACCCGCUGUAGUUGCUUCUGAUAGUCCCCACACAGAAAACCUAGCAUGGCUGGCCAGUGUAGCCAGUGAACGCUGCAAAUCCAGGGAGGCAGAGAGCCCUAGAUGUCCUGUCUCCUCGACUUCCUCCUCUUCUCCCUCCACUUCUGUCCCUUCUUCGGCCACUCCUAUAUCUGCCCUGCCCUUGGCUUCUCUACCUGCAGUUUAUCCCGCAGCCCUACCCCAGCAGGCUGGGACAAUCCAGUUUGCACAGCUGGGACCUAAUGUUCAGUUUAUCAGCUCUGGGCCCUAUGCAGGAUACAUAUCCUCUCAUAUCAUCUCAACAAAUGCUAAUUCUGUGCAAAACAGCUCUACUAUAGUUGGACCACGUCACCAGCUGGAUGGUUACACCACUGCCCUUAUCUCACCCAACACUAAAGGGGAGCAGCAGUUUCAAAUAGGCCUCUCCCCCACAGAACUGGCACCUGUGUCGCUCCCAAGCUCUCCGCAAGUCACCAGCCAAUACAUCCAUCUGGAUAGCAGAGCACCUCUGACUGUCAGCGGAAAUGCCGUCACCUCACCUACAGCCCAACUUCAACUCCACCCUCACACAGCCGUACUCCCCCAGACGCUUACCCUUGCUCCUUCCCAACUUGUGGUCCAGUAUGCAGAUGGUUCAGCGGGAAAGAAACCAGAGGGGCAUGCUAAGGCUGUGCUGAAUGGGGAAUUGGAGAUAGCCAAACAGGCAAAAGCCGCUAGUCAGCCAGCAAACCAUCAGCAGGUCCAGAGUUAUGAGGCCAGACAUAUCCUCCUACCUGCUGACUAUGGCCAAAACCCUGCAGGUCUCCAGACCUCUUUGGUGCUUGUGGCCCAGCCCAACCAUGGAGCUGAACAUGAACCUGGCUCAAAUAAGCUCUCCUUAGUCCAGACUGAAAAAGGAGGGAUUUGUUUGGGGAAGCCAGUGUCCAGACCUUCAUCUUUUGCCUCCCUUUCUUCGUCAGAGGUGGUGAAGUCUGUUCCUCCUCAUACUGUCAUCCAGACCACUUUACCCCCUGAGGAGCUGCCAGCCAGUCUGUACUCUUCCACGCAGGCACCCAUCAUUGGCUAUAUCACAAGUGCAAACCAGCAUACUGUCAGCUACCAUGCAGCACUGCCUCCGCACCUGGUCAUCCCUAGUGGCCAAUCUCUCCUCAUUCCAGUCAGCAGUGCCAGUAACUGCACAGAAAUGGAGGUUAGUCGUACUGUAAGUGCCCUCACCGCCACCACUACCCCUCAGAUAUCCACCGCCAUGCCUCAUGCCUAUCUGGCCACGGCCCUGUCCAAGUGUGAGGCAUUAGGGCCAGAUGGAAAUCAACCACCACCUGCAGUUGCACAGGCUCCAGCAUUGUCAGUACUGCCUUCAAACCAGGUUCCUGAAGUGGUGGCUACUCCCUCUCCGACCCCCACUCCUGUUCCUGCUUCUGCUCCUCCUGCCAUCCAGGCUUCCCCCUCCGUUUCCGCUUCCUCUUCUCCUGUGGCGCUUCCUCCUUUCUUCAUGCGAGGCUCCAUCAUCCAGCUGGCCGAUGGAGAGCUGAAGCGCGUGGAGGACCUCAAGACAGAGGACUUCAUCCAAAGCGCUGAGAUUAGCAGUGAGCUCAAGAUUGACUCCAGCACCGUGGAGCGUAUUGAUAGCGGGCAAAGUCCUAAUGCUGUGGUUAUACAGUUUUCUGUAGGAGAGCUCAAAGCCCAGGUAUGUGUGGAGGUGCUGGUGGAGUACCCUUUCUUUGUAUUUGGCCAGGGCUGGUCGUCAUGCUGCCCUGACCGGACCACACAGCUGUUUGAGCUGUCCUGUGCGAAGCUGUGUGUGGGGGAUGUGUGUGUGUCUCUGACCCUCCGUGGCAUGAGGAAUGGUUCUCUAACAGACAGCCCAGCUUUGGGAAACAAGCUGAAGCCUGGCCACCUCUCUGACACCUGUCACAGCGUGGACCCCAAUGUAAGGAACAGUAUGAGUUCAAACUCUGUGGGCAGUAACAGCGGUCUUCUCAUGAAGGCUUCCAAUGCAGACAGACUGGAGAGGCAGCAGGUCACUGGACCAGGUUCAGGAGUAGAGCUACCAGCAGGAUUGGGAAUACUUGCAGGACAGGCAGAGGGGAUCUACAGAGCUGGACCUGUGCUGGCAAUCUCGGGAACUGGAGAAGUAAGACAGGAAUCAAUUAAAACAGACAUGUCUACUCUGUCUAAACAACAAUGCGGUGAAUCAGAGAGACCUGCAGUCCGCAAGAGACGCUGGUCAGCACCAGAGCGAGACCAGACUGAGAGAGCUGAGGACGAGCCUCCUCUGACUCUGCCCAAGCCCUCCUUCCUCCCUCACGAGGUCAAAAUCAGCAUAGAGGGCCAUUCACGUACAGGGAGUGAAAGAUGCUUGAACAAAAGAGUAGACUGUUGAGAGAAUUUGAAGGAAUUUUAAACACUUGCAGGUUGCUUUGUGUUUAGCCCCUCCUCCUUUCUCUCUAUCCAGACUACUGUAAUAUAGACUGAGUUUACGCAGUAUUUACAUGUUUUCUUUCAUACAAGUCUGAUACAUAUAAUUAAGGACAGCGGAGCACCUUCAUAAGUGGUAUCACACACAAGAUCAGUGCAAUCAAUGCUGAAAGCAAAAAUGAAUGCAGAGUGAAUGUUGAGUACGAAUGGCUGGCAGACAUCUGAGAGACAUUUGAUUUGCGUGUUACAUAUCAUAAGCUGGCUCUCCGAGAGAUGGAGACAUGUCGGAUGCAGGUCAGUUAACCAUUUAACAGAUCCCGAUGUCAGUUUCGUAGAAAGUCGGUAAAUAUGUUUUGGUUCGGUUUGUUUCACUGUUAAUUUGGUUCGUGGUGGCAUGAGUGGUAGCACAAAAGAGUCAAAGAGAGACCUUCUGAUGUUUUAAUGAGAACAUGUAGUCAUAACAGCUGUAAUUUCUGAUGUCACAUCCGAUGAGGCUUUGAGUUUUAUAAUAUUUUUUCUUUUUCAUACCGUUACAAAUGCAUAUGCUACUGCAGGUGGCCUUGUCCUUGUGUGUCACUGAGUGUUUGUGCCUGAGCGUUGGUCUGUGUGUGUGUGUGUGCGUGUGUGUGUUCUUCUUUUUUUUUUUUUCCGUGUCUGUCAAACAGACCACAGGAUUAAAGUGUGUGUGAUGCUGGAAGUUGUGAGCUCAGUUGUUAACCUGUAAAUCAAGACUGAUAAGGCCUGAAUGUAAACCACUCCUCAGUACUGACUAAUGAAGUCGUACAUGUGCUGUUUGCCACGCCACUCACAAGUAUAGGUGACAGCAGUCGCACAUAGAUGCAUUCCUCUGGUGAAGUUCCUUUAUUGACUUUGCCUCAAUACUUUGACCUUGAGUUUUAGUCUCAUACUCCCUUUCAGCGACUGCACUGCAUUCACUAAAUUAUGUCUGUCUUUGCCUGUGGCUGCUGUGUACAGUGUUUCAAAUCCAUACAAAUAGAAAUACCUUGAUUUUUCUCCAUCUAAUUCACUCCUGAUACUGCAAUACAAAACAUAGCUGGCUAAUUGUAUUUAAUAACGAGGCACCCAAAAGACACAGAGCAACAUUCAUUUGGAGUGAUUUUCAGACAGCCAGGAAGAAAUAAGUCCACUUUGUUGUACUUUUUUGCCUCAACCGCCUGCGAAGGGUAAUGUGUGCAUCAUCAGCUAGUUGCUGACUUGCUCAUCUGCUGUUUGGUGCUGGACAAGCACAAGCUUUUUCAAUAACAACGUCUGGCUGCUGUAACUGAAAUCAAAUCCCAGUAAGAGUGCUGAGAGUGUGUUGCAGGCAAUAACACCCCAAUAUUAAGCUGAAGGAUGCUGGAAAGCUCUGUGGAUCUGAGAGGAACUGCAGCCGGGUGGUAGUUCCCUGUGGGUUUGUCACCUUGAACGACCCCUCUUAUCGGAGUGAGCUUGCUUUCUUUACAGAAUCUAUGGCCUUAGAUUUGUAGUAUGUACCUAGUUCACAGCAGCACAUGGUUCUUAGGGUGUUAACAUUAAAACCUUAAAGGCGGUGUGCCUUUCUUAAGCCCAUACGUGUAUAUCAGAGCACUGCUGUCUUGAUUAAAACAGCAAACUUUCUUUCUGGCAGUAGGUUAGUGUACAUGUUAUUUCUUUCUUAAAGAAAUAUCCUACAGUUCAUACUCAGGAACAAUAUGUGUCUGUGUCUGUGUGUAAGCAGCCAGUGUAUGCAGUGUGUGUGUGUGUGUGUGUGUGUGUGUGUGUGUGUGUGUGUGUGCGUGCGUGCGUGUAGGCCUGACACAGUAUGUGUAUGUCCACAGUCACGUGUAUGUGUAUAUUUUGACAGCAGCACUUUGAUGAAACGUCCGAAUGGAGUGCGGUGGCGGUGUCCCUCCUACUCAGCUAUUAGAUAUUAUGAGGAUAACUGACUGUUUUUCAUCACAUCACAUGUCCUAAAGGUUUAUCACUGAGAGAAAAACAUUAUAUACCGGGGCAGGGAAUGUAAACACACAUUGGGCAAACUUUAUUUUUGAUGAUUUAUAGAGCUACUAUUCAGAGAAAGAAAGAGAAAUGCAGAGUUAACUAGCCAGCAAGUGUUGAUCAUGUACAGUGAAUUGUAAUCUAGAAAGUGUACAGUGUGUAUUUAACCCUCAUGUAGCCUAUGUACUGUAUGUGCCACAGCGCCUCCUUCUUCAAUCAUUCCAUUAAUGCACCAAAACCAAGUGGUCCUCUCGUUUUUGUCACUUCUGGUAUUGAUCAAAUGUUAAUGAAUGUGCUAUACCUCUUCAUAAUUAGGGCCUCCGCAGAAAUCACUUGAUUUGCACACUGUAACAUGCAGUAUGUGUGAAUAUGGACUGCAGCUUAUCAUAAUAGCCAUUAAACUCCUAAAAGGUGUUUAUUGUAAACCCAAGUAACCAGACUGUUCUGUUUGUGUCUGACUGCUCAGGCUAAACACUGCCCAGUGACUGUUCUCCUCCAAAGCUACGUGGUCUUAUAUCCUUCACUGUUACAAAGCAGAGCUCCUGUUUGAUCCGUUUGUUUUUCUUACUGGUCCGUGUUUGUACGUUCCUAAAACCAGUUCUUUUUCAAACUACAGACCUGUAAGGACUCCAUGACACAGACAAAUCUUUGAAAGGUGGAAUUGAUGUUUAAAAGAACAGAGUGGUUUUACUCUACAUUUUUCUUAUUGUCAACAAAUCCCUACCCCCCCCCCCCAUCUGUGGCAUCAAACCUCAUGCAUUCCUGCUGAAUACACAAAUCCUUAAGAACCAGGUGCAGGUUAGUUUCAAAGCAAAAAUAAUUUCCUUAAAUAGGUGGGGGCUAUUUAAGAAAAGGAUAAUACUCAUUGGGAACUGUGCCAUAAGGCCAAAAGUAUCGGACCACCUACACAUCGCAACUACAGGAGCUGCUCGGCUCCUGUAGUUGCUCGGCAACUUUUGCGCACCAUACGCCUGAGCGCUAGGCGACCCCUGCUCUGUAAUGCUGCUUACAGCUGAUCGUGGAAUAUCCAGCUAGGAAGAAAUUUCAGUGCACUCUUUAGAAUGACCAGUUCCCCCAUAAGUGUUUGUAAAAGCACACUGCAUGACUAGGUGCUUGAUUUUAUACACCUGUGGCAACUGGCCUGACAACACCUGGAAGAUUAAGAGCAGUGGUCCAAUACUUUUGACCAUAUAGCAUAUUUCAGGCUGUGCAUUUCUACAUUAGGUGCUAUCUUUGAUGAGUCUGUGGCCCUAAAUAAUAACAAGUUCAUUAUAAUGACAGCAUUUUGAAGCAUUUUUGAACUGCAGGAUAUGUUAAUAGCACAAAGUAAUAAAGUAUAUAAGGUUACACAGACUUCUUAUUGAUCUUCACGUUUUCAUGGCUUUUGUUGACAAUAAGAGAAACAUAUUGCCAACCUUAUGUUUAAAAGCCCUGCAGGGCCGCACAGUUAUUGUUGGUAGUUAGUCUUCUGCUCAGCUGUGUUUGCUGUGAAUUAAGUGGUGACUCUGUGUAUUAAUAAGGUUAAUAAAGGUGAACAUUAUUGCACCCUAAUAGGGGCAGAAUCUGUACCUGCCCCAGCACUUAAAAGGGUGGUCUCCACUUAACGUUUAAGCGCUUUAUUGUAUUUUCUAGACUUUUUUUUUUCACAGCAGCCAUUAUGACAUGAAAUGGUAAUAAACACAGAAAUCAUUAAUUAUAACGUUGCACCUAAAUAGAACAGAAGCUUCAUUAAUACCGUUCAUAACACCUGCAUUUUCCAGCUAAUUCAUGCCAAAAUGGCUGAUGUGAAGUAGGUCUAUAUCACGCUGUUGGAAAGGUUUAAUAACAAUAUAGACCUAGCCCUUCUGCUCACAUAUAUGCUCAAGCUGGACCCCUUAAAAUAUGUAAUUUUCACAGCCUUUCUGUACAAUGUUGAAUAUGGCAUAUAGGUGCUGCAUUGUGGUGAUCUAUGGAAUUGCACUUUGACAUGCGUGUGUGUUUGUGUGUGUGUGUGUGUGUGUGUGUGUGUGCGUGUGCACGAAUGGCAAGAGGUGUUAGUGUAACUAACAAACACAAGUAAUGUACAGUAUGUCUGAGAGGAAUUGUACGCUACCUGUACAACAUCUCAGCGAUUUGUAAAUAGCCAAAGUCUUCCAUUAUAAUGUUGGUAUGACCUUGUUGCCAGUGGAGAGGAGAAACACUGAUCCCCUUGUACAGACCUUUGAAGCGAUGUUUAAUUUCUAUAAAUACGUCAUCAUUUAUUUGACAAAAAUACAAGAUACUGCUUCACCUAAGAUAUUUUCUUUUGCACCAGCUCAAAAACCCAGGAAAUAACGGGAGUCGAAGACUAAAAAAUAUUUUGUAAUUUGGGUCUGUUUGGAUAAAUCUUAGCUAAGAUACAGUAUGUCCUAUAUGCGUAUAUUAUGUAGUAAGUAUCAAUAAUGUUCCUUUAUUUUGAUGGUGUUGAUAUUUGCUAGUCAGAAAACUGUUAAAUCUUUACUCCAAAUGUUUGAUUUUACAUUUGAUCAGAUAUAUUCAAAGAAAUAAAGA